AUGGACAAAGAGAUGAGUGGCGUUUCAUCUAAACCAGCUGAUGUGAAUAUAUCCAGUAUCUCAGUUCAGGUGGUCAGUGCCCAAGGGAAGCUGCCUGGGAGACGACCACAGAGAAAACCCAUUGGGAAAUUCAGACCCAAGAAGCAGAUCAAGAAGAAAGCUCCCUUUUGGAAUGUCCAGAGUAAAAUCCUCCUCCUCACAGUGUUUUUAUCCAUCCUGGCCAUCACAGCCUGGACACUCCUGUGGCUCUACAUCAAUAAGACAGAAAGCAAAGAUGCUUUUUACUUCGUUGGGAUGUUUCGCAUCACCAACAUUGAGUUUUGUCCUGAAUACCAACAGAAGGAGUCCAGGGGAUUUCUGACGGUGGCGCGGACUGUGCAGCAAGUGGUAAACCUGGUUUACACAACAUCGGCCUUCUCCAAAUUUUACAAACAGUCUGUCAUUGCUGAUGUCAGCAACAGCAGCAAAGGUGGCCUGCUUAUCCACUUUUGGGUUGUGUUUGUCAUGCCGCAUGCCAAGGGCCAUAUCUUCUGUGAGGACUGUGUGGCUGCCGUCUUGAAGGACUCCAUCCAGACAAGCAUAAUAAACCGGACCUCUGUGGGGAGCUUGCAGGGGCUGGCUGUGGACAUGGACUCUGUGGUGCUAAAUGCUGGGCUUCGGUCAGAUUACUCUUCAACCAUAGGAUCUGACAAAGGCUGCUCUCAGCACCUCUAUGCAGAUCACCUGUCUCGCUGCUACCCUCUGGAGAUUUCUGCAACCUCAGGGAGGCUGAUGUGCCACUUCAAGCUGGUGGCCUUGGUGGGCCAUCUGAUUCAUCUCUCCAUAGAGUCUGUCCAGAUUGAGGCUGACAACUGUGUCACGGACUCCCUGGCCAUCUAUGACUCCCUCUUGCCAAUCCGCAGCACCGUCUUGUAUAGAAUUUGUGAACCCACAAGAACAUUACUGUCAUUCGUUUCCACAAAUAAUCUCAUGCUGCUGACAUUUAAGGCUCCUCAGAUACGGAGGCUAUCAGGAAUCCGGGCGUACUUCGAGGUCAUUCCAGAACAAAAGUGUGAAAACAAUGUGUUGGUCAAAGAAAUCACUGGCUUUGAAGGGAAAAUUUCAAGUCCAUAUUACCCAAGCUACUAUCCUCCGAAAUGCAAGUGUACCUGGAAAUUUCAGACUCCCCUAUCAACUCUUGGCAUAGCACUGAAAUUCCACAACUACUCGAUAGCCAAGAAGAGUGUGAAAGGCUGUGAACAUGGAUGGUGGGAAAUUAAUGAGCACAUGUAUUGUGGCUCCCACGUGGAUCACCAGACCAUUUUCCGAGUGCCCAGCCGUCUUGUUCACAUUCAGCUUCAGUGCAGCUCAAAGCUUUCAGACAAGCCACUCUUGGUGGAAUAUGGCAGUUACAACAUCAGUCAACCCUGUCCUGUUGGAUCUUUUAGAUGCUCCUCGGGUUUGUGUAUCCCUCAGGCCCAGAGAUGUGAUGGAGUAAAUGACUGCUUUGAUGAAAGUGAUGAACUUUUCUGUGUGACUCUUAAACCUGCCUGCAAUGCGAGCUCCUUCAGGCAGCACGACCCUCUCGUGUGUGAUGGCUUCAGGGACUGUGAGGAUGGCCAGGACGAGCAGAACUGCACGCAGAGCAUUCCAUGCAACAGCAGAACUUUUAAGUGUGGCAAUGAUAUUUGCUUUAGGAAACAAAGUGCAAAAUGUGACGGCGCUGUGGAUUGUCCCGAUGGAAGCGAUGAGGCAGGCUGCAGCUGCGGCGGGAGUUGGCCCGCACUCCUCCGUGUCACCGGGGGCGCUGACACCCAGGAAGGCGCUUGGCCCUGGCAAGUCAGCCUCCAUUUUCUCGGGUCUGCCUACUGCGGGGCUUCAGUCAUCUCCAGGGAGUGGCUUCUUUCUGCGGCUCACUGCUUCCACGGAAACAGGCUGCCAGACCCCACACCAUGGACUGCUCACCUCGGGAUGUAUGUGCAGGGGAACGCCAAGUUUACCUCCCCAGUGAAAAGAAUUGUGGUCCAUGAGUACUACAACAGUCAGACCUUUGACUAUGAUAUUGCCUUGCUACAGCUCAGUGUUGCCUGGCCUGACACUCUGAAACAGCUCAUUCAGCCAAUAUGCAUUCCUCCUGCCGGCCAGAAAGUGCACAGUGGGGAGAGGUGCUGGGUGACUGGCUGGGGGCGCAGGCAUGAAGCAGAUAAUAAAGGCUCCCCAGUUUUGCAGCAAGCAGAGGUAGAGCUCUUCGACCAAACCCUCUGUGUUUCCACCUAUGGAAUCAUCACUUCGCGGAUGCUCUGUGCAGGCGUCCUGUCGGGCAAGAGAGAUGCUUGCAGAGGAGAUUCGGGUGGACCUUUAUCUUGUCGAAGAAAAAGUGAUGGAAAAUGGAUUUUGACUGGCAUUGUUAGCUGGGGACAUGGAUGUGGAAGACCAAACUUUCCUGGUGUUUACACGAGGGUGUCAAACUUUGUUCCCUGGAUUCAUAAAUAUGUCCCUUCUCUUUUGUAAUAGUACAAGUUAGAUUUUUUUACUGCUAUUUAUUCUUUAAAAAGAAAUGCAGUAAUUGUCAAUAAAAUGAGACACAAUACUUUUCUUCUGUAAAUUUCAGAUUACAUACAUUGAUAUUAAAUGAAAUACAGAGAAAUUAAUAUGCAUUUUAUUCCAUGAAAAAUUGCCUCAAGGAUAUAGCUGUAUUCAUUCUUAAGCAUCAAAGGGCUAUUGAUUCAGGAAUGGAAGAAAUGUAAUGUUAUGAAUUAAGACUGUUAUGAGACUUUAAAUAAGAUAAGAAAUGGGUGAGAUGCUUAAGAAUUCAUACUUUUAUUUAUGUUCCUAUUCAUAGAUAUUUAUAAGGAUUU